AGGUGAGUUGAGUAACCAACAGGAGGAUUGAUACGGCACACAUAGAGUUACAAACAGUUCAUCUGCUGAGUGGCUGAAGGACGCUUCUCGUUGAAGAACAGACUCAAUGGAGUUCAUGAGUUCCCUGCACACCAUCUUAGAGCAUGUGGAGCCCGACGAGUCUCUGGAGCUUGUCUCUGGAGUUCAGCGCAAACAUCAGACCAUUUCAACUCUCAAACGGCUCCAGGCACACAAAAGACGGACAACAGGACCUACUGCUCAAGACUCAAUGAGCAUGUCACUGUCUGACCCAGCAGAUCAUCCAGUCCUGCACACCAUCUUAGAGCAUGAUGAGCUAGACGAGUCUCUGGAGCUCAUCUCUGGAGUUAAGCGCAAAUAUCAGACCAGUUCAACCCUCAAACGGCUCCAGGUGCCUAAAAGACAGACAACAGGACCAACUGCUCAAGACCCAAUGAGCAUGUCACCGUUUGACCCAGCAGAUCGUCCAGUCCUGCACACAUCUAAGGUGAAUCUGCCGCAGUGGCUAGUGAACUUAAUGUUUGACAUCGAGGAGGCCACGACACAUGAGCUCACCGUUGAAUAAAGAGACGGCGUGCUUUACAAAAGGAACGGAGGUUGUCAUUUGUAUUUGUCAUUCUUUGGGUAUUUUUCUUGCUAGCUAGCAAAAAUAGAAGUUUAAUUCUCCUUCUCCGGUCCACUGUUUUCGUUCUUCUUGCACAAUCUAUGGGUGAAAUGUGUGUGUGUGUGGGUGGGAUGUAAAUGAUUUGCUUGUGGUAUGUGUGUGCGUAUAGGCACCCAUGAGCCUACAGCGAUCAUCAGCCUGACAAACAAAGCUUGAACUCAUGUGCUUGUCAUUAAAGCUAACUGGAAUAUACUGGAAUAAACAAAAACAUUCAAGCAAUUUUUCAAACCAGUAGUGUCUGUUGUCUUCAAACCGGUUUGAUCUAUUGGUUGACCUCAUGCAAGAGAUCUCAUGAUGUGCUGAAGUGUCCAAAGUUGGACUAAUACUACACCAGAAACUGUUAAUUACUGUGCGGCACCUCAUGACAAACAUGUUAUGAUUGCUGGAGACCUCACAGUAACCCGUCCUGUUAUGCAAUGGCCACAUGACCUUGUUUUUGUGACCUAACUCAAAGUGUGGUGGUCAAAAACACAUCUUUGAGAUAUGCUCACGUAACUCUUGUGUGAUGGGCAAAUUAGUGGAUGAUGUUUUUUUAAAUAAUGUGUAAUAAACAGUGGCAUAAUGAGCCUGUUUUUGGUGGAGAGGGGCACAAAUUGUGUGUCAAUCCAUAUUGUGGAGGAGUCAGUUUAGCACACUUCGUUCUAGAGUAAAUAUUGACAUCUAUGCAACCAAAGUAAACCUAUGCACUGACAAAAACAGCAUAAUUAAAACAGAUGACGAGUCAAUGAUUAACUCCUCUGAGGUCAUCAUGUCACAGCAUAAAAACACGGCACACAUCCACAGAGAACCAGAUCUGACACACACAGCAGCAGUUAUUGUUUUCAGCAGCUUGUUCUUCUGCUAUGAGAGCGCCGUUUGUGUUUGUGAUGUUGGUGAGCGUCCUCGUCCAUCCGGCGGAUCUUUCCCCCGUGAUCGGGCCUGAACCCAUCCGCUGCGCUCCGUGCUCACAGGAGCAGCUCGCCGCCUGUCCCGCCGUGUCCUCAGACUGUCUGGAGGUCCUGCGAGAGCCGGGCUGCGGAUGCUGCUCGUCCUGCGCGCUGAAGAAAGGAGACUCCUGUGGCGUCUACACGGCUCACUGCGGCACCGGCCUGCGCUGCGUCCCGAGGCCUGGAGACCCACGGCCGCUCCACGCACUGACCCGCGGUCAAGCAGUCUGUGCAGAGUAUGACCAGACAGAAGAGGACACAGACAUCACUUCUGAUCAGGGCGCGCUGCAUUACCUGCUGGGACUCAACAGGCCGCUCGACCCGCAGGACAUGGCCGAGGUGCAGGAGAGCAUCAAGGCCAAGGUCAACGCCAUCCGAAAGAAACUGAUCCAACAGGGUCCAUGUCACACCGAGCUCCACGCCUCUCUGGACGUCAUCGCACAAUCACAGCAGAUGUUAGGCGAGAAGUUCACGAGCUUUUACCUCCCCAACUGUGACAAACACGGAUUCUUCAAGGCCAAACAGUGCGAGACAUCUCUCAUCGGCCAGCCUCCACGCUGCUGGUGUGUGUCGUCCUGGAGCGGAAAGAGAAUCCCAGGAACUGAUGAUUUAUCGGCUGAUUCCCAUUGUCAUCAGGAGCUCACGCACUGAAGACCAUACCCUUAACUUAUAUUAACUUCCAUACCAUAUCAACACCUAUUUAUUCUUAUGUAUAUGGCUCUUAUAUGGUCUUAAUAUUUAUGAACUAGUUUUUGACAGAAUUCCACCGGAUGUAAUCAUUAACCUUCACAAACUCCAUCACUGAAGGUGGCAAGAUCCAAAUCUGGGUCUUCAAAAACACAGAUAUGAAAUCUUUACGCUCCACAAUGACAUUCGUUCAACAGUAUUAUAUGUUGGUCAUAUGACAAGUCUGUAAUUCUGGCUCAGUCUUUGUUCACUGUGGUUUAAUUCAUUAUAACCACGUUUGCACAGCAAGUGUUUGGAUUAUUAGUCUGUAAACUGUUUUUAGCCUGUAAAAUUGUUUGUAUUCUGUAAGCUCAAUUUUAAUUGUUUUAUUUCAUUUCACUAUGUAUUUAAAACAAAUGUCUACCUCACAUUAGACAUGACGUCUCUAUGGACUCCCUGAAUAUUUAAUGUGCUGCUGUAUUUAUUCUGAAACCAUUGUUUUAUUGUAUAUACAUGUAAUAUACUGUAUAUUUCCUCAAAAGUUUCUUUCAAUAAAAUGUUAGAAGUUGUA